AUGGCAAACGGCGGCGAUCACCCGACGGUUCCUCCUCGUCUACGUGGAAACCCCACCGCCAAUCCUCCUCCUCCUCGUCGACGCUUCACCCCACCAAGAAGAAGAGUCGAUCUCACCGAAGAGAAUCAAUCUUUACUCAACUCAUUUCGCUCCUCCGCCGCCUUAACUCCUCAAGAAACGGCCACGUGUACGCAGUCCUUGUUCAGGUUAAUGACUAGCAGCGAUGCGUCUCAGUUUAGAGAGCUGGUCGCAAGAUUAGGUGACGGAAACGAUCUCCGGAGGAUGGUCUCGCUCCUGACGUCAAACAACGCUCCCUUCUUGCAGACCGCGAGAAACGAGAACGGCUCCAACCGCAUGCAAGACCUCCUCGGAAGAACAGACGACUUGGACAACUUCUUCUUGAUCGCUAUCUUGCGCCGCUUCUUCGACGUCAUGUGCGACGGUGACUCGUCCCGCCUCGCGUUACGAGGGAUGCGUGUUUUCAGCCAGGAGAAGAGAGCAGCGAUGUACGACCACCUUCUCUGCGACGCGGUUAACCUAGCGUGCGACGCGGACGGCUACGUCGUGCUGAACGAUAUCAUAGACGACUCGGACCCGCGCUCUUUCUACGGAGGGCGGCUCUUGUACGUAGUGGCGCGCAACGCUCACCAGUUAAGCGACCAUGCUUUUGGGAGCCGUGUGGUCCAACGCGUGCUUCAGCUCAAUGACUUGCGUUGCACGCGUAAUGUUGCGGAUAGCCUCAGGGGCCAUUGCGUUUACCUAUCGCUUACAAAGUAUGGAAGCUACGUCGUGGAGAUGCUUUUGGAUACGGAGGCGGUUAUGGUGGCGGAUGAGCUUUUGUCGGGGUGUAAUGGAGAGGAGUUAGCGUUGCUGGCGAGGAAUGAGUUUGGGAGUUUCGUGGUGUUGAAGGCACUGAGAGUGACGCGGGGGAUGUAUAGGAGGGAUCUUUUUGGGGUUUUGGUGGAUAAGCUCAUGCCCUUUGUUCAUCACUUGGGUGGGUUUCAUGGACGCGUUCGAGCAUUCUUGGACAGGCUUUAG